AUGCACUGCCACGCGGAACUGAGGCUGAGCUCACCCGGCCAGCUCAAAGCAGCCAGGCGGCGCUACAAGACUUUCAUGAUCGAUGAGAUCCUCUCCAAGGAGACCUGCGACUACUUUGAGAAACUUUCCCUCUACUCUGUGUGCCCAUCGCUGGUGGUGCGACCCAAGCCCCUGCACUCUUGUACCGGCUCUCCUUCCUUACGGGCAUAUCCUCUCCUCUCUGUGAUCACCCGACAGCCCACGGUUAUCUCCCACCUGGUUCCCACCGGCCCAGGAAUCACCCCAGUGUUAUCCCGACAUCCAGUCACUGAGGCUGCUACAGCUGAGACCCCUGGAGGCGAGGCUUUAGCCAGCAGCGAAUCUGAGACAGAACAACCCACACAGCGGCAGAAGAAACCACGCAGGAGUCGCACCAUCUUCACAGAGCUGCAGCUCAUGGGCCUGGAGAAGAAAUUUCAGAAACAGAAGUACUUGUCUACCCCAGAUAGAUUGGACUUGGCCCAGUCUCUGGGACUUACUCAGCUGCAAGUGAAGACUUGGUAUCAGAACCGCAGGAUGAAAUGGAAGAAAAUGGUUCUUAAAGGUGGACAGGAAGCACCCACAAAACCUAAGGGGCGUCCCAAGAAGAACUCUAUUCCCACAUCAGAGGAGAUCGAAGCUGAAGAGAAGAUGAACAGCCAGGCCCAGAGCCAAGAGCACCUGGAGUCCUUGCAGGGACAUGAGGAGCCCUGUGAUACCCAGGGGCCCAAGGCAUGCCAUGUCCCCCUGGAGGUGGCAGAACCACCUCACCAGCCCCAGGAGUUGCCAGAAGCUUCUUCUGAACCCCCACCAUUAAGCUAA